AUGGUUCGAAUGACCGCAAUCUUGGCUACGGCCAUUCUCAGUCUCGCAUAUGCUGCUCCUCUCAGCCCCGUUCAAGAAGAAGUCAAAGCCCGAGGUGUGUUGGAUGCUACGUAUGCGCAGCUGGAUUGGUUCAUGGCUAAACGUGAUCCAGAGCUAUCUUAUGUGAAUAGCCGCGCAGCGGAAUUGAGUUAUGUGAAUUCGAAGCGGCAACCGGAGUUGAGCUAUGUCAAUUCUAAGCGCGAGCCUGAGCUCAGCUAUGUGAAUUCAAAGCGAGAACCAGAACUUAGCUAUGUCAAUUCUAAGCGCGAGCCUGAGCUUAGUUACGUGAACUCCAAGCGAGAGCCUGAGUUGAGCUAUGUCAAUUCAAAGAGAGAGCCCGAGCUCAGCUACGUCAACUCCAAGCGAGAACCAGAACUUAGCUACGUCAACUCCAAACGUUCCCCAGAACUCAGCUACGUCAACUCCAAGCGCUCGCCCGAACUCAGCUACGUCAACAGCCGCCACACGCACCAGGAAUAA